AUUGAGGAGUAAAGUAAGAAUGCGGAUUCACCACUGUUCGGUGGUUGUGGUUCAGAUCAAGAGCAAACAACAAGGAAUAUGACAGGUUGAAAAUAAAAGGAAAUCUCUGGGGUGAUAUCGCUGGAUUGUAUUUAUUUUUUGCCUAGUUCUUGGAAUUUAUCUGGCCUUAUGGAGGAGACUAUGGAAGAUGAUCGCUUCGAGAUCGGAUCGGAUUCGGAUGAUCACAACCAUAACAAUAACUGGGAUACCAGUGUAAAUACAUACAUGUGUCCCGAAAGUAAUCUUUCAAAUGAGCCAAAACUCUUUCCUCGCUUCCCCGAACUUUCGGUACAACAUUCAACAGAACAUUUGGAUGAAAUUCGUGAAAGAAAAGAGUCUGUGCACAGUUACUCAUCGGAAUCUAGCUGGGCCAGCGAUUCCGAGUGUGCUACCGCUUCUGUCCCGGGGAAAACCACUCUAAACAUCAACUCAGCUCCCAAGUUCUUGAUGAAUGUAAUGACUACAGAGGAUUAUAAAAGCACAUACUGGCCAAAACUGGAACAAGCCAUUGAUCAGCUGCUGACACAGAGUCCAGUGGACUACAUCCCAAUCUCCUAUGAGCAAAUAUAUAGCUGUGUGUAUAAAUGUGUCUGUCAGCAGCACUCGGAGAUGAUGUACAGUGAUUUAAAACAGAAGAUAACUACACAUUUGGAACAGGUGUCAGAAGAUUUGCAGGCCUGUCCAGCAGACAAAUUCAUUGAAAAGUUCAACUGCUUUCUCACCCGGUACAUGGCAGCCCUGGAAAGCAUCGUGCCCAUAUUCAUAUAUAUGAACAAGUUUUACAUUGAAACAAAACUCAACCGAGAUCUGAGAGAUGACUUGGUCAGGCUGUUCACAGACCAUGUUGCAGAUAAACAUGUGAACACAUUAAUGCCUCUUCUUCUAAAAGCCCAGUCCACACCUUUCCAAAUCACACCUUCCACCAUGGCAAGUGUAGUUAGGGGCCUCUACUCUCUCCGACCAGACUGGGUCCAGCUGGCUCCAGCUCUGUUCUGCAGCUUCAUUCCCCAGAUUCAUCCACCGGUCCUACAGUCUGAGCUCCAGCACUACGCCGCUCAGGACCGAAAACUUCAAAUGGAGCUCAUCCAGAACGGCUUUGCCAGGGGUGACCAAUCACGCAAAAGGGCUGGUGAAGACCAGGCAAACAAUGUUUCUUCAGCUCCUCUUCCUUGCUCUACCUCCAGAAGCUGCAGAUAGAAGAAUUGGAAUCUCAGAAUUAGUUUUUAUAUUAAGAGACCUUCAAAUGCAGAAAUUAUGAGCAAGAGUCCAUCACCGAACUGCCACUGUCAAGGGAGCUGUAGUUUGGCACAGAUACAGAAUAACAUGGCAUAAGUUACGGUGUAAAAUAUAAAGUUUCUAACACUUUAGGUUCUGUAAAGCACAGCGUGAGUGAAGAGCAGUCAUCAUCUCAAAAAAGAAAAAAUGCAAUGGUGAAAAUACUGACUUUUUUUGUAGUAUUUGACAGCCGACUGUUAUUUCACCAGGUUUUAAAAAUAUAUAUUAUUUCCUCCAAUGAACAUAAUUGUUAAUAUGAAAAAGUACAACGUUCCCCUGACGUGGAAAUAAAGUGCCUCUCUGUCCUGUGAUCAAUC